CAGGGCAAGUACUCCGGCGAGGGGAACUUGCAGUUAGCAAGCGGCGAAAGGUAUUUGGGCACCUUCCAGCAGCACAAGUUCCAUGGGCGUGGAUCUCAUGUUCUUCCCCACAAGGGCAUCAGCUAUGAUGGCGACUUUCAAGCCGGCUUGAGACAUGGCCAAGGGCAGCUGAAGGAACGCAAUGGUGCUUCUGUCUACAUUGGCCAGUUCCAGGAGGGCCGGCGGCACGGCCAGGGCAAGUCCAUUGACCAGGCGAGUGGCAUAUCCUACGAAGGUCCUUGGGUGCAGGAUCAGCCCGAGCGCCCUGCUGUUGCCUGGGACGUUUGUCCUGUGGACAGCGAGGAGUCUUACACAAUAGUGGCAGAGCUCUGGAAAGAGGAGGCAUCGAAGCAGUUGAAUGCCAACCCCAAGGAGAAGGGCAAGAAGGGCAAGGCGCCAGUGGUGGAUACCAGCGUUGGCCCAGAGCUGAAAGGCAUCAAGGGCCAGGUCCUGCCAGAAACAGUUGUACGCCUGUUGGAUGCGGAGCAGGCUGUGGUGCCUGCUGAGAUUGGCCGGCGCUUCCGCGUGACCAUGUUCAAGGAGCGGCGGGGUGAAGAUCCGGAGGAGGUCCUGCGCAGGCCUGUGAACUUUGGAGAUCGACGGCCAACGUAUGUGGAUCCCCUCGACGAAGCAGAUGCCCCGCCUCAGAAAUCAUCGUCCAAGAAGGGCGGUCGCGGGUCACCGCAACCGGAUGAGGAGGAGCCGCCGUUCCCAGGGCACGAGGCCAUGGACGGGCAGAUCGUGACCAAUGGUCGCUGCGUCGUUGGUGGCAACGAUGAGUGGCUUCUUCCCGUGCACUUGCAGCCGGCCAUUUACUGGUUGAGGCUUGAGGACAUCACCGAGCUCGAGGGCAGCAUCUGGUCGGCGCUGCCAGCGCUGGAACUGCCGUUCCGGGUGGAGGGCUGAAGGUCUGCCAAAUGUUGCGACAACAACUCCCUGUUUGUGGCA